AUGGCUCCUUCAUCCAUCGACGCUCUUGUCCUUAUUUCUUGCCUAGGUUGUGCUCUCUGGCUGCGGUCUCGAGCACGUAGACCCAAUCUCCCUCACCCACCUGGGCCUCCCGGCCUCCCUCUUCUAGGCAACCUGUUGGAUGUACCCAGUCCCUCCGCGUUCCCUUGGGAAACCUAUCGAGGGUGGAGUGACAAGUACGGCUCGGACAUUGUGCGACUCACGGCGCUGGGGAUGAACAUUGUCGUCACGAACACCCUCGAGGUCACCAACGAGCUGCUCGACAAGCGAUCUUCUACUUAUUCUGAUAGGCCCAGGAUGGUCAUGCUUGGCGAAUUAUGCGGCUUCGAUUGGGGUCUCGCAUUCAUCCAUUACGGCACGCCGUGGAAAGACUCCCGCAAAAUGGCGCACCAUGAUUUUAACGCCUCAGCUGUCAAAAAAUAUCGCCCGCAGAUAGCGAAGUCGACCAACCGGUUGCUUCUGAACAUAAUUCAGGAACCUGACAGACUCACCGACAACCUACGCCAAUUGGCAGCCAUGGCGAUUAUGUCAAUUGCAUACGACAUCAACGUAGAAAGUCUUGAAAACCAAUACAUCCAAAUAGCAGAGGCCGUGGCAGAGUGCAUCACGCGAACCACCAACGCCGGCUCCUACGUAGUUGAUGUACUCCCAUUCCUGAAAUAUUUGCCGGAGUGGUUCCCGGGCGCCGGCUUCCCAAAGGAGGCACGAAUCUGGCGCGAAGACGUCAUGAGACUCUUGAACGAUCCGUACGAAGACGCUCACAAACGCCUAGCAGCGGGCAAUUUAGGAGACUGCGCGAUGAAAUCGUUUGCCGAACAUUUUGGAAAGGAUCCCAGAGACCCUGCAUACACUGACUUCAUCAUGCGCAGCACUCUCGGGUCUCUUUACAUCGGCGGCGCGGACACGACUGUCGCUGCGCUUGGCUCGUUUUUCCUUGCAAUGGUCCUCAACCCCGGGGUGCAACAGAAGGCACAAGAAGAACUUGACCAUGUGGUCGGCUCGCAUAGACUCCCCGACUUCUCUGAUAAGCCGUUGCUCCCUUACAUCGAAGCAAUCGUGCGGGAAUCAAUACGCUGGAAUCCGAUUGUACCCCUAGACGUUCCUCACAUGCUCACCGAGGAUGAUAUCUAUGAGGGUUAUUAUCUCCCCAAAGGGUCGUUAGUGGUUGCGAACAUAUGGGCCAUUCUUCACGACGAGAACCAGUACCCAGACCAUUCGGUGUUCAAUCCUGACCGCUUCCUCUGCGGCGACGGCACGCUCAACCAUGAUGUUCGUGACCCCUCCGUAGCGGCCUUUGGGUUCGGGAGACGAAUCUGUCCAGGGAGGUUUAUGAGCCUGGACUCCAUAUGGCUCGCCAUCGCACGGUUGCUCACGGUGUUCGAGAUUGGGAAGAAGUUGGGUGAAGACGGAAAGGAAAUCACUCCAGACGGGGAUUAUCAUCGCGGGUUCCUGUGCCACCCAAAGCCAUUCCCGUUGACUAUCAAGCCUCGGUCAGCCGAGCACGCCGCACUGCUCGAAGCCAUCGAGCCCGACCAAGCUUAA